GGCCCGGUCUGCCGGCGGCGGGGCCACCAGAGGCCCGCGGAGGCGACCCUGGCCGGCGCGAGAGGAGCGCCGGGACCUCGCGUUGGCGGAGCGCCCUCCCGGGUCGGGGGGCCUGCCCAUCUGCCGGCGGCGCGCCCCGGUCAUCCCAGGUAACCUGCACGGCCACCUGAGAUUUAGCCAGCUGACACUGGAUGUCACCAUUGUGCUGUGUGACAUAGCUGCAGAGCAGGUGUGCGGUUUAAUAUUCAGGAAACAGCCUCUUCAAGUGUUUGGAGACCCAUACAGAUGGUGGCUCUGCAUAGCUGAGAAGGGGAUUCACGCGCCAGACAGCCACAACAUGCCACUCUUCCACCGCGGUCCUGUUCAGUCGGCACCCGCCAAGGAAAGGUAGCCUUUCUGUGAUGGAAACACCCUUGAACUUGGGUGUCCAAACGACAAAGGUUUGAAUUUGAGCUCUGUUAGUUUUACUGUGAUCUUGGGAGGCCAGAAUUCACAAUGACAACAGUAACAGUGACCACAGAAAUUCCCCCAAGGGGUAAGGCAGAAGAUAAUUCUGCCUUGUAUGAGUCCACAUCAGCUCACAUUAUUGAAGAAACUGAGUAUGUGAAAAAGAUUCGAACUACUCUGGAAAAGAUCCGAAAUCACAUUUUUAAAGAUGACAUAGGACACAACAGUGCAAAUCAAAAACUGAAUAUAAAGCCCUGUGGGAACAUUCAGAAUGGCUGUGAUUCUGAAAUGGAUUCCUCUUGUUGCAGCUGGGACCUGCUCAUGGAAAGGGUGAAAGGAAAAAACCUACAGCUUGUAGAAAUGAACAAAGAGAAUGAAGUAUUGAAAAUCAAGUUGGAAGCCUCUAGAGAAGCAGGAGCAGCGGCUCUGAGAAAUGUGGCCCAGAGAUUAUUUGAAACCUACCAAACACAGUCUGCAGAAGUUAAGAAGAAGUAUGAGGACAGUAAACGCCUACUCCAGGUUAACAAACUUGAAAAAGAACAGAAAUUGAAACAACAUGUUGAAAAUCUGAAUCAAGUUGCUGAAAAGCUUGAAGAAAAACAUGAUCAAAUCACAGAAUUGGAGAACCUUGUCCAGAGAAUGGAAAGAGAAAAGAGAACACUGCUAGAAAAAAAACUGUCUUUGGAAAACAAGCUGCUGCAGCUCAAAUCCAAUGCUACAUAUACUAAAAGGCUGCAGACUCUUCCAGCUCCAAGACUGGAUAUAGGAGUAAAAAGAGAGCCCAGGGACUCACUCCUGUGUCGCUCCUUGGAUCCCAAGGUCCAGAGCUGCCAAGGUCUUCAAAAGGAGAUUUCCCUUCUCCAGGAGCAGAUCUCUCAUCUGCAGUUUGUGAUUCACUCCCAACAUCAGAACCUGCGCAGUGUCAUCCAAGAGAUGGAAGGAUUAAAAAAUAACUUAAGAGAACAAGAUAAACAAAUCGAAAAUCUCAAGGAAAAGGUGAACAUUCUUGAAGCCCAGAAUAAAGAACUAAAAUCCAAGGUGGCACUUUGGUCAGAAACUCCUAGGACAGUGGUAUCUCAGGCUGUGUCUACAAGUGAAUUGAAGACUGAAGGCAGUACCCCCUAUUUGAUGCUGAUUAGGCUACGGAAAUGAGCUACCUGGGUGAAGAUCCACAUGAGAAAGAUCACUAUCUGGGUCUUAUUCCUUGAAACACAGUCUAAACUUGCAUGUUAAAAUGGCUCAAUGCCAGUUUUUAGUGGAAUAUAUUAUACAUCAGUAGCUUUGCAGGAAGAUGACAUUCCAGACAAUCAAACAAAUAUAUAUUCCAAAGAAGAAACUUGUUCUUCAAAUCUUACUGAAUAGGUGAAGAAGUGAUGUACUUUUCCAUGAUGGAAGAUGAAUUUUGCUUUAAACUUAAAAAAAUCUGAAUCUUCACAGAUUUUUGCUGAAGGGGGUGACUUAAGGUUAGGAACUUCAACAUUUUGAUACUGUUAUGUAUAUAAGUAGAAAGAAGAGUGUAUAUGUGUAUGAAUAAGUGAUAUUUUAAAGUCGACUGUUGGAUAACAAGAAGUAGGUAACAAGAAAUAUAUCUUACCAUGAUGUAAGUUCAUCUCCUGAACCAUUGUCAGCGGGAGAGCCAUUCUCUACUGAAUGUCGCGCAGGAGGAGCAGGUUCUUUCAGCUAAAUUCUCCACCUGCACAGCUCUCCAAAGUUGCAAAUCGUGGCUGCCUCAACACACCGUAAGCAGCCACUGUUCUUCCCCUGAGAUUGGAAAUUGGUUGCUAGAGGCAAUCCACACAUAAACACCGAAGAAUGAGCUUUGUCUCUCUGUCUUUGAGACUCAUUUUCUAAUGGAUAUUCAUUAUAUUACCUAAGUCAAAUAUUUGGGGAAAAGAAUAGAACACAAUGCUGUCGGCUCGUACUUCCAUAAAAAUGUAUUUAUUAUGGUUUCAAAGGAAUAGUGGCUGCUCUCUGCAUCCAGGAAGAAUCUGAAUUCAUGGAUGGGAAUUAUAUACCUAGUGCUUUUGUGAAAGUGUGCUUAAAUUUUAACACGUGAGUUCAAUACAGGUGGAGUCUGUGAGUGCUGUGCGUAAAGCCAAAGUCUAAAUCGUGGAAAUGCAAAAUACUGACACUUAGGAAAACAACACACUUCAGCUGAAGGACUAAGGGAGCCCUUAGUCACCUGAACUGGUGAAUUACUUUUAAGCCUUUUGCUCAUCCUCUCUGGGCUCUAAACAUUUCCCAGGGAAGACUCUUCAAGCCUUUCAAUGUGGAAUGUGAAAUAUCAGUAUUAUCUAUGACUUAUUUUAAAGUAUGUACAAAUGAGAGGAAGAAAUGUAUUCAUAAAUUCAUCAAGGCACUGUAAUCCUUGAAAUGUUACAUAAUUGUAUGUGAGUUUUAUGCUUCUCACUUUUAUUGCUUGUUAGUUUUUAAGGUGCUGUUAUCUAAUAGCAUUUAGGGCAUACUUACCCUAUACCAGGGACAGUUUAAGUACUUACCUGUAUUAAUUGCUUUAAUUCUGGUACGAUAACCCUCAGAAGCAGGUCAUACUAUUAUCCCCAUUUUACAAGGGAUGAUACCGAGUGGUUAAGUAACUUGCCCUGGUGCGAACUGUGGAGCAAAGAUUGGAGCCUUUUGACUUGACCACCGCAAUUCCUCCUACCCGCUCACUCGGUAAGCUGAUGCAUUUCUUCCUAGCUCUAAAAUGCCUCUCUUUUUACUACUUUAACAAAUACAGCUUCCUAGUUGGAUCUCGGCACUAUCCUGUGGUUCAUUCACAGUCAGAAACAACUCUUAACUAAUAAAGGAAAUAUUUUGCCGAGAUCGGGUGGCCUUUCACUUGUUGGAUGACUGUUGGGGGACCUUAGCUCAGAAAAACUUGCCUGCUAAAAACCCACUUAUAGUACAAGUGUUAUUCAUGAUCUGAUGCCACACUGGAUUUUUUUGUAAUACAUUCUCAGGAACAUUUGUAGGGGAGAUUGGGAUCAUGAAUUCUGCUUCAAGCAUUUGCAGUGUAGGAGGAGAAGUCACCUUUUACUUGGAGACACUUAAGUUCCUCUUAUGCCUCAAUCAUCCUGCUAGAUUGUAAUAAACAUGAGAUUUUGGAAUGACUCAUGUAACUGAGCUAACAAUCUAGAUGAUUUCCAUUAGAAUAAUGCGUACUAAAGUCAAAAAUGGAAAAAUACUGUUGGAUUUCAUUUUGGCUCCCCUGUCCUCUUUUUGAACAUGGAAGCACAGUUGCACAUAAUACACAUGGGACCUGCUCAUGUGGCUCUGGAGAGAUUCGCUUUGAAAUGGUCUUUGGAUCUCCUGAGAAUAAGACCAAGGAGUGUCAGAAAAGAUCUGAACUCUUCAAAUACAGAAGUGUCUUUUUCAUCAGACUUCAUUUAUUUGUCAUCAUCAUUUAUUUAUCAGAGCAUCAUUUAUUUGUCAUAUGAAUUAUUUCCCAUAGCUUUAUUGUUUCAGUUUUUAUUGAUUGACAUGUUUUUUAAAUAAGCAUUUCUGAGUGAUCAAUCACAAUGGAGAAUGAAGUGGAUUAGUCCAGUAGUCGUCCCACACAGGAAAUACAAAAGAAACACUAGGUCAGUUGUAGCCUAGAUCAUUGUACUUGUACUAAUCAAUACAUUGGAUAAGAAGUUCUGAAGUGGGCCUUGAAGUGAAUACAUGAAAGUGGAAAAUGGAGAAGAAACUGCAUCACUUUGAUUACAUACAUUGCUAUAGAUCAUCAUUAAGAAGUCUUGAAUAUAUUACAGGCAUAAUAGGUAUAUCUUCUGAAUAAUUGUUUAUAAUAUGACUUACAAUAAAAAUCAUACUUUGUGAACUUUUUGUAUUUCUUUUUAUGUUAAAAUUAUGUUUGUUUAAUUUUUAUGUGGUUUUAAGUAGUUUUUGAUUAUUUAUAAUAAAUGCAUUGUUUUCAUCA